AUGGAUGAAAGCACCGUCUACAACGAUGGCAGAAAUCCACUGCUGAGUCUGACCGCUCAAGCCUCUUCCGGAGUGUCUCCCCUGGAACAGGAGGUUCUUGAUGAAUAUCAGCGACUACUGAACAAUAUGAAUGAGCUAUCAUCUACACUAGCAUCCCUCUCUGGAGGUCCCAUGACUCUCGAGAUUGCCGAGGGCUUGCGACUGCUUGAGAGGAAGGUGGCCAGUGUGUACACUCUGAUGAAAGCCAGUGUCUAUAGCAUUGUGCUUCAGCAGGGCCAGAUGGAAGGAGACGAGGGCAGUGCAUUCACUGGCGACGAUGAAGGCAAUCAUCCAGACGGAGCGUGACAGCAAUAGAUCAAUUCCAUUAUAUGGGAACUUGAUAAUAUGGGAGACAUCGGAGCAGUCGACAACGCGCUACUCUCUCCAACAACUUUUCACGUCAAAGAGCCAACAUCUGUGCUCGAGAAUGGCGGGACAAGUCACGAUCGCAAACAAGAUCCACAUCAGACACGGCAACGACAGGCCACGAG